UGUUAAUGUCAUUGUGAUAGAUAUUGUUGUUAUAUUAAUAUUAAAUUUGUAACUAUUAAAUGAAUGAAUUAUUGCAAAAGUACGCAAACGAUUUAAUGCACAACAAUCAUGAAUAAUAUAGGAAAAAUAGAGCAAUUAAUUGAUUUGUGUCUUGUACCAAAACUUAGCAAGAACUAUGAUGAAUGCCAAAACCAUCCUGAAUUUGGAAUUCGUAAUAAAAACUUGGAUAAAAACUUUAGUUUUCUCCUAAAACAACUCGAGGAAGUUAAUUUCAAGACCUGUAAUAAACCCGAAUCGGUGAUAUCGCAACUAUUGAUUUUGUAUUUUGAGUUAUCAGUUAAUACCACAUGGAACGAUGCAAAUUGUUUGAAAUGCUCCGAAAAAUUGAAUUACUAUUUUCAAACAUUCUACGAACUCAGUCUUAUUAAUGUAUUAUCCGAAAAGACUGAUUUCGACCAUCAAGAAAUAUUCGACAAAUGUUUGGAAAACCUGCAUAAGAAGCUGUCUCCAGCUGAAUUCAAAAAAUAUCCAGCGCAAAUUGCUGUAUAUCUUACACUUAUUAAAGAUCUAAAAAGAUAUAAUGUGACUGUAGGACCUUCAAGAAUACUUCCAGCAGCUUUGAACUUGAUAGAUGAUUAUAUAAUAGAGAAUAAGCUCAAUGGAUUAAAGUCUUGCCUUUCCAUAUUGCAGUGCAUGAAUAAGGAUGCAUUUGACAAGGGGAAUUAUUUUGAAGUUGUAUAUUUGAGUCUCAAGAAACUUACAACAGAAAAAGAUAUUGAAGCAACAAAAUUGCUGUUUGAGUGUUUAAUAACUAUGUACCAUAUUCUACCAGCUAAUAGUAAGAAAGUAAAACUAGAUGAAAUGUAUAAUGCAGUACUGGACCAACUUAUUGUUGAAUCUAAUUUAUACAGAAAAGCGGAAUGUCUAAAGUUUAUAAGGACUAUAAUAUCUAUUCAUAAAAUACACUGUUGCAAUAGAAUUAUAUUUUUUGCAAUAAUUUCUGAUAACUUAGACUUGUGCUGCAAUGAAGCUGUGAGUGAAGUGCUAUUGGAAAUUGUACUACAGACUUUAAAAGAAUGGAUCAAGUAUUGCUGGUGUGUAUGGAAAUUUUCUACAGGACAUAAAAUUAUUUCCAAUCUUUUUAAAGUUCUAUAUUGUUGUAAAGAUGAACACUUAAUAUCUGAGGUGCAUAAAAUAAUCGUAACUUUAAUAAAACUGUGUGAUGAUGCAGAGAAAAAAAGUAUUAUUAGUAAUCUAGAAAAUAUUGAUUGUACAAUCGGUAAGAAUUUUAUAGACAGGAUAAAUGCAAUAAAAUCUGAUGUAACAUAAA